AUGACGGAUGCCCACUUACAUCCAUGGGGUGAUUUCCAGCAUAUAGAUGAACUUUUAUUGGAAGGCAGCAAGUCAAACUACUGGGAAUCUUCACUUUCCGAGGUACCCCGCCUAUCUGAUUACUUCAAGAUCGACAAGGUUCUGGACAAAGGUUCUGGCGGAACCAUUCUUAAAGUUAACCAGUUAACAGGCAUAGAUCAAACAUGCAGUCCUCCGCAUUCCCAACAGUAUGUUGCUAAAAAAUUCAUUCGUGUUAAAGAGAAAUCUGACAAGCAAUAUAUGUUUGAUUCAGUCAAUGAGUAUUUUACGUUAAAGAAAGCAAACCUUAAUAGCAAGCAGGUACGUGUUGUGAAGAUAUGGGGACUUUUCAAGGAUGAGGACUGCGAGAGCAACAAGAAAUGGCUCUUUAUAUUGCUUGAUAUCUAUCCGAAUGGAGAUCUUUUGAGUCUUCUCAGUAAGUGCCGACGAUUGAAGUUGAAAACAAGCGAUAACCUUGCCGACUUCACAUUUUUCAAAAUAUUCAACGCCGUCAAAUACCUUCAUUUUCUGCAUAUUGCUCAUAGAGAUUUGAAACCGGAGAAUAUUCUUAUAGACAGCAAUGGAGAGCUGCUAUUAAGUGAUUUUGGUUAUGCUGUUGAUCUAGAUAGACUCGACGGUUAUGACUUGAACGGGGAUUUUUUAUCAUAUGGCACAAAUUCGUUCAAGGCACCAGAACUAUUUCAGUAUAAAAAGGAUGGUGAGAAUGUACGGUUGGAAUCGGCUAGCAAAGUGGACUUUUAUGCAAUUGAUGUGUGGUCUUUAGGAGUGGUGUACUAUCAGUUGAAGACUCUAUCGAAACCGUGGAUGAUGGCUACGAAGGAGGAUCGAUCAUAUCGGGAGUUUUCUGCGAGAUACAGGGAGUUGGGAAUGAACAAAAUGGAUGGGUAUUCGAUUCGCAGAGCAUUGGCAAGUGACAAAAACCUCGAUGAAGGAUUUCAGAGAAUUACGCAGGACGGAAGCAUUGAAGGAAUGAUGAGGAUGCUAAACCCAGACGUUAAGAAAAGAAUCUCACUGCAUGAGCUCUAUCUGAGUGAAUGGUUAAUUCAAACCAGAUUGGCGUGGGAGAAAUAUUUGAAAGGUUUGAAAGGUGACAAAGAUGAAGAGUUGUUAAGGUUGAUUGCAAUAAAGUGA